UUAUCUACAAUUAUGGAAACUACCCCGCUAUUGUCUAGGCCUAAAAAACGGUCUUUUUGGUCAAGGUUUCGGAAGAAAGAUUUAAGUUCUAGAGUUAUAAACGUUGGACAAGUGCCUGACGAAGAAUAUCCACCCAAUUAUGUUUGCAAUCAAAAAUACAACAUCAUCACAUUCCUACCACUCGUUUUGUACGAACAGUUCCGGUUUUUCCUCAACAUGUACUUUCUUGUGAUGGCAGUCAGCCAAUUCAUUCCCAGCAUACGAAUUGGAUACCUAUAUACUUAUUGGGGACCACUGAGCUUUGUACUGGCUGUGACGUUAUUCAGAGAAGCUGUCGAUGAUUUUAGGAGAUUCAGGAGAGACAGAGAAGUAAACCGCCAACGUUACGAACGUAUAGUCCUCGACCAAACAGAAGAUGGUUACCGCCCAUUCCAGACCGAACUCGUGUCAGCGUCAGCACUACGAGUUGGAGACAUCGUAAUGUUGCAUAAAGGCCAAAGAGUACCAGCAGAUAUGAUUUUGUUACGGACCAAUGAGACCAUGGGAACGGUGUUUAUACGAACUGAUCAGUUGGACGGUGAAAUUGAUUGGAAGCUACGAAUACCCCUACCAUCCACGCAAAAACUACCCACCGACGCGCACCUCCUGGACAUAAACGCUCAGAUAUUCGUAGAAAAACCGGUGAAGGACAUUCAUUCGUUCGUAGGAACAUGUACAAGAUUUGACGAAGAAGAGAGUGACUCUCUAGAAAUUGAAAACACUUUGUGGAGCGGCUGCGUAGUCGCUUCGGGGCAAGCCACUGGGCUUAUCAUUUAUACUGGCACAGAAACUCGCAGCGUAAUGAACAACGCGGCGCCUCGUUCCAAAGUUGGUCAUCUAGAUUUACAAGUGAACGAUCUAACCAAAGUGCUUUUCCUGGCGACUCUUUUGACUUCUCUCCUUCUGAUUGUAUUGAAGGGAUUUAAUGGGCCGUGGUAUGGAUUCCUGUUUAGAUUUGUUCUACUGUUCUCUUACAUCGUCCCUAUUAGCUUAAGAGUCAAUCUAGAAAUGGGCAAAGUGUUCUACUCGUGGACAAUACAAAGAGACGAGAAGAUAGAAGGAACCGUGAUGCGAUCGACCACAAUCCCAGAAGAACUUGGUCGGAUACAGUAUCUUUUAGCUGACAAGACAGGAACUUUGACAAAGAAUGAAAUGGUCUUCCAAAAACUUCACUUGGGAAAUGCUUUGUAUGAUAGUAACAAUUUUUAUGAGGUAGAGGCAUUCCUGACCCAAUACGUUACCAACGACGCGCCGUCUCUUCCUACGUCACCGAUCGCCGAAGGAGGCGUCUUAACACCGACUCCACGUCAAGUGUGGAACGCAGUGUUGGCUCUGGCAUUGUGUCAUAAUGUGACGCCAGUUUAUGACAUCGAACGUCGUGAUGCUGAUAUAGACGAAUCUCAGUCAGACAUGGCGAGCUCAGUGGUGUCGGACAGCUGCGGCGGCGCAGUGCCUCAGCAGCAGCUCUGCGAUUAUCAAGCUUCAAGUCCUGAUGAAGUCGCCUUGGUCAAGUGGACUGACAUGAUGGGCAUAUCCCUGUACCGAAGAGACCUGCACAAUAUAUCGCUGAAAUUACGCGCCGCCAACGAAAUAGUACAAUACAGUAUUUUGCAGGUAUUCCCAUUUACCAGCGAAAGUAAAAUGAUGGGCAUUAUUGUACAGGACGAAAAUACCGGCAAAAUAACAUACUACGUAAAAGGUGCCGACGUAGCUCUGGAGAAAUUGUUGAACUCGAACUGGCUUAACACAGAAUGCAAGAAACUAGCCGCUGAUGGAUUGCGCACAAUGGUGGUGGCUCGGCGGACUUUAACUAACGAGGAAUACUCGGCUUUUGAGAGUAAGUACAAAGAAGCACGGCUGAGUACAAACCGCAAUGAGAGAACUGCCGCAGCGAUGUCCAAGUUGCACAGCUGCUUGGAGCUGCUAUGUUUAACCGGGGUCGAAGACAGGCUGGCCGAUGAUGUACCAAGGACUUUGGCUAUGCUGAGAACUGCUGGCAUUAAGAUCUGGAUGUUAACCGGCGAUAAAUUAGAAACUGCGUUAUGCAUUGCGCGGUCACUGCAACUAGGCGGUGGUACCAAUUGGCAUGUUGCUAACGAGUGCGCCAAUAGACGAGAUGCGUAUCAAUUGUUACAGGAAUUGGUCAAUUCGGAAGCUACUGAUUUUAUUAUUGAAGGCGAGACUUUAGAGAUUUGUCUUCGUUCAUACGAAGAAGAGUUUGUGGAGGUACUACAGCGUUGUACGGGCGUGGUAGUUGCGCGAUGUUCGCCAACGCAGAAGGCGCAAGUGGCGCGACUGCUGCGAGCCAGAAAGAAGGUCGUGGCAGCCGUUGGAGACGGAGGCAACGAUGUCGCUAUGAUCCAAGAGGCCGAUAUGGGAAUCGGAAUAGAAGGCGCGGAAGGUCGAGCGGCGUCACUAGCUGGUGAUGUGAGCAUCCGUCAGUUUUCCUUCCUGGCAACACUGUUACUCGUCCACGGGCGAAGAUCCAUGAUGCGCUCAGCUGCCUUGUGUCUCUUUAUCGUGCAUCGUGGACUUAUUGUAUCUACUAUGCAAGCCGUGUUCUCCGUUGUGUUCUAUUUCUCGUCAGUGUCGCUUUACCCGGGAUUCCUCAUGGUCGGCUAUGGAACUGUCUUCACGAUGCUACCUGUGUUUUCUCUGGUACUUGACAAAGAUUUACCAAGUACUACAGUAUUGAGAUAUCCGCAACUUUACAAACAAUUGACUAAAGGCAGACAACUUUCCUACAAGACGUUCUACAUAUGGACUGGAAUUUCUAUUUAUCAAGGUGGCGUUAUAAUGUACGGAGCGCUUAUUCUUUUUGAGGACCAACUAAUCCAUAUCGUAGAAAUUAGCUAUACAGCGCUCAUCCUGACGGAGCUGAUCAUGGUCGCGCUAACAGUGAUCACGUGGCACAGGCUCAUGUUAUUAGCAGAGUUCGUCAGCUUGCUUAUGUAUAUCGCCACUCUACUCAUAUUUACGACUUACUUCGACGGUGACUUCAUAAAGCACUGGGACUUCUGGUGGAAAGUAACAUUAAUAACUUUAGUCUCGUGUCUACCACUUUACAUAGUAAAACAUACACAUAGAAAAUGGCGAAUGCGUCAGUACAAAAAUAUAAGGAAAUAAUUUUUGUUGUUAGAUAGGAUGAGAUGCAUUAUAGGCAGAUUAACCAACUAACUCCAAAGUUAAAGUUUGUAUUACAGGAGUUAGUGGCCCUUCACUCCGUGGUUAAAACAAAUAUUAACUUCAUAUGUAAGUUCCAAAUGCAGUGAAUAAAAAUUGAACAUCGGGAAAACUACGAAUAUUUCCGAAUGCUGUAAGAGUGGAGCCACACGGGCGUUGCGUCAGCAUUGCGGUGACGUUGCGUUCUGACGCUGCGUUGUAUUACAUAUAAACCAGAACGACAUGCCACACGGUGCGUUGAAACAGCGUGUGGAUAUGGAACGAGUGCUCAUCGGGCAAGAGACCAAGAGACGAAGCGGGAAGGAAUGUUGCGGUGCGUAAGUAAGCGGCUUUACGUUGCGACACUGCAUUGCAUCGGUACGUCGAAAUCAUAGCGUCGUGACCACGCAACGCACAGGCAGCUCCCGUGUGGCGUCGUUCCUACUCGAAUGAUUUUGUACAUUAGACAUUCACUACUAAAGUUAAUAGUUACUUAUUUAAUUAUCAUAAAUACACCAGACAUUAAUUCGAUAAUUUAUAGACGUAGGAACAGCUUCGGAAAUAUUCGUAGCUUCCGAAUUUUCCCGAUGUUCAAUAGGUAUUAUUGAAGACAGAUGUUGAUGAGUCCAUUGAAAUACGGAUACGCCUUUUAUUUAAUUGAUAGUAUUUAAAAGGAUGUUGAUCGGAAUGCUGCCAUAUCCCAUUGUGACUCAAGUAAAAUAAGUUCACUGUCUCGUUGGCCCAGCGGUUAUAGUUCGUUAAACAUUAUUUGGACCGAUUCGACUUAUAGAAAAAUAAUACAGAACAGUCAGUCCGAUCGGCGAUGCACGUGCCAUCCGUAUUGAUAUUUUUAAGUUUGCAAGAUGAGAGGUUAGGUUAGGUUGGUGAAAAUCAUGUAUAUUUGUUUUUUCUGUAACAAAAUAAUUUAAUUUCCUUUUUAUGAUAUUUUACGUUUAUUAAAACCAAAGUCAAAAUCUUGUGAGUAGCUGAAGUGUUAACUGCGCAAAGCCAAGAACAAAAAAAUUUAAAGUGACAUUAGCCCCUAGUUUCUUUCUCUAAUUAAAAAUUCUACUAUACAUUUUUUAUAAUUUUAGUUUUUUGAAACACAUAUAGUCACUCAAAUAAUAUUUCGCGAACUAUGCAAUAUGGGCGCUUGAUGAGAAGGUCUCGGGUUCGAUACCUAAUAGUACCAAUUUAAGAAACGAAAUUGUCUAAAUUGGUUCUGAGUAAAGACCCCGUUUAACUACGUUGCUUUGGUACAGGGAAUUUCUUUGUUUGAGACCAGGAAAUUGGUAUUAUUAAUAUUAAAAUAAAAUCAUGUUUUCAUCGUAUUUAAUCAUAUUUUUUUGUAUAUGUUAUUAUUAUAGUAAUAUCGUACAUGAAACCACAUGCUGUCCUAUCUCAAAAAUAGUGAAAUUGAGAAAGUAAGUUUUGAAAGUUCAAAACAAUUACUGAAUGCAUCUUAUUGCGAAUAAUAAGAUUAUUUUUGUUUCUAAAUAACAUUAUUUAGUUAUCCAUUUAUAAACGAGAAUAUAAUUUUUUUGAUUCCACAUUUUUACUUACGACAGUAUUUGAUUUCAUGUGCCAUAUAUUUUAAACAUCUUACAAAACAUGUGGUAUUACUAAAAGUUUACAAUACAUUGCGUGGCUUGUUAUUAUCUAUCCUCGGACUUUCAUGCUGGAUUAACAUUAUAAAAUGUUCGGUUGUUUGUUUACUAUGCGAUGUUAUGGUAAAGGGUCAAGAGCACGUCAAGCUGACACUUAAGAUUUAAAUUAAACUCUAUGCCACUAGCGAUAAGAUUGGUCCAGAGUGUCACGAAUGAUACGCCUUUGACCGUACAGAUGAAGUUUUGUAUUAUUGUAGUCUAAUUUUUUUUUUUAUAUGUAUGUCAGAUAUAAAACAUUGCACAUUGUAUGGACCAAAUUUAGGUCACCUUUUCUUUUUGAAAUAUCAAACUGCUGAUCGAUAUUCAGAAGAAGGGUUUGAAUGUUCUGGAAUGUCGAUGCCUUAUUUUCUCAAACUCGUAUCUUAUAAAGAGUGAUUAUUCAGGAGAUGGCAAAACUUUCUAUUUGUUUUUAAUUUCUUAUCAAGGCUGUUAAUUUGGAUCCAUUAAUUUAAGAAUAGGUAGAUGCAAGUUUGUGAAUAUGAAGGAUAUGUGAUGUGAAAUCAUCUUGAAAAAUUUGUAUAUAGUAUACUUUUUUUGCAUUCCAGUAAUUUCGUGCUUUAAGAUACGAGUUUGAGGAAGUAAGGCGACGAUGCGAUGAGUUAAUUACUAUGAAGGCAACUAUUUUAAGCUAAUCUGCUAAUCCUUAUCACAAUUAACGCAUUUUAGUAACUUUCGAAAUAUCGGCCCCUAAUUUUUUUUUUAAAGUCAAUUAGGCUGAUUUUGCUUAACAAUAAAACUGAAACUAAAUAAGAUAUAAAAAUACCGCUUAUUGGGGGUUGUAGAUCUCGUUUCGCAGAUUCCAGAUUUGUUAAUAACUCAAUUUCGCGAAAAUGUCGAGAUUACGUUAAUUAUGAUAACGAGGGCAGAAAUUUGUAGAUAACAGCGGCAGACCGCUUUCUGGUUUGUUUUAAAUUUAUUCGAAUCAUAGCAACUCGCAUUAUCUGUCGCUAGUCAUAGCUACCAGCACGGCUUGUGCCGUCGGUCGCGGUAGUCUACUGCGGUGCUUGGUAAAUGUUUACCAUUUUUUCAGUCUUUCUUAGAACUUCUCUUUCGUUUACUUGAGAAGUGAAAGAGAUGUGACCAUAAAAGUUUAUGAUUCUGAUAUAAAUGUUUUUAUAUACACUUUCUAAGCUUUAGGACAACGCUAAACGCUUGUGUGCUUUACAAGUUACAAUGAUAAAUGUCAUGUUAAAGUGUCACAACUAUCAUAGUAUAAUAAGGCAAGUAGUGUAACUCCAUACAAACAUAGCAGCGCAGCAUGUGCGGGCUCACACAUUCGCAUAAUCUCGCGG